UUUCCUAAGAUCACAUCUCACACAGAAAAUCCUUACACCUUGUAAUUCCGCACAACUCUAUCUAAACCGAUUGAGUUUAUACUACUCUAGGGUUUCAACCUCAACCUCCCACCUUAAUUAUUCCGAACUCUAAAUCUCUCUCUUCAUCAAUCAAUCCGAAAAUUCUUCAAAAAAAAAAAAUGAGAACUCGAAACGCUAAUACCCCUAAAACGCCAAAUUCCCAGAAAAAAACGCCGCCAUCGAAGAAAUCCGCCGCUAAAACGACAACUCCUUCUACUCCCGAACCUGAAAAUAUAUCGGCGGUUACUUCUUCUAAGACCCCCGAACCUCAGGCUACUCCUACCGACCCUAACCCCGAACCUGCAGUUGAACAAGCGAAGGCACCAGCUGAAGUUGUUGUAUCACCAACUACCAAAGGGACUACCACUAGAAAGGUGACAAAGAGAAUAGUGAAGAAGAAGGUAGUCAGGCCCAAGACUCCUGCUUCUGCUAAGGAUGGAACUGCACCUGCACUUGCAGCAAAAGCGAGUGAGACUGAUGAUACAAAGGCUGACGUAGGCCAAAAGGAAGAGGAUACAAGUGAUGCCAAGGCUGUGGACAUGUUGAAAGCAGAUGAAGUGGUUAUGAAGGAUGCGGAAUCUGUAGAGCAAGAGGAACCAGGUACUGGAAAGGGUGAAGAUGCCGGAGAACCACAAGAUAAGGGGAAAGAAAAAAUGGACGUUGACGAACCAUUGGCUGUGAAACCUGGGUCCACCGGAGAGACUGAAGCACCGACUCUAGACGGUGCUGCAUUGGUAGGUAAUGAGGAGCCUAGUGAACCUAAAGAAGAGGAGAAGGAUGAAGAACCUGAGGAAGCAAAUGAUGAUUUAGAAAAACUGGAGUCUGAAAAGGAGUCACAGGAUAAGCCAGAGACUAAUAAUGAUGAUGAAAAGAAAGGAAAUAUGAGUGAUCAUGAAAUGCUGGAGAAUAAGGAUGAUGACAAGAUGGAGAAGUUAGAAGAAUCAGCUGCUCAACCAAAUGAAAACAACGAGGCUCCUACUGCUGAGGGAAUUGAGGAUUAUGGUGAUGAAGAGCGUUUUGUGGAACCUGGGGAUGAGGACCUACAGGAGGAGGAUGAGCCUGAAAUUGGGGAUGAGAUGAAGCCAGAAGAGGAGCACAAAUUAUUUGCUGCAGCAGCCAAGGAGCGCAAAGUUAAGAAAGAACUUGAAAUUUUUGUUGGCGGGCUAGAUCGUGAAGUUGUUGAAGACGAUGUAAAAACGGCUUUUGAAAAGGUUGGAGAGGUGGUUGAAGUUAGAUUAUUGAAAGAUCCUUCAACAAAUAAGAACAGGGGCUUUGCAUUUGUGAGGUUUGCGACUAAGGAUCAAGCUAAGCGUGCCUUGUCAGAAAUGAAAAAUCCUGUUAUAUGUGGGAAGCGAUGCGGGACUGCACCUAAUGAGGAUAACGACACCUUGUUCCUUGGCAAUGUCUGCAACACGUGGACGAAGGAAGCUAUAAAACAAAAGCUUAAAGAAUAUAGUGUUGAAGGUGUUGAGAACAUUACUCUUGUCCAAGAUCCCCGUCACGAGGGUUUAAGUCGUGGAUUUUGCUUUAUUCAGUUCGCUUGCCAUGCAGAUGCAAUGUUUGCUUAUAAGAGGCUUCAAAAGGCAGAUGCCGUUUUUGGCCAUACUGAGAGGACUGCAAAGGUUGCUUUUGCUGAGCCUCUUCAGGAGCCUGAUCCCGAAGUGAUGGCCAAGGUUAAAUCAGUUUUUGUAGACGGGCUCCCUCCUCACUGGGACGAGGAUCGUGUUAGGAAGCAUUUCAGAGGUUAUGGGGACAUUGAGCGUAUUACGCUGGCUCGUAAUAUGUCUUCAGCUAAGCGAAAAGAUUUUGGUUUUGUUGAUUUCACGACACAUGAAGCUGCCAUUGCCUGUAUUGAGGAUGUCAACAGAAAGGAGUUGGUUGAUGGAAACUCAAAGACUAAAGUAAGAGCUAGGCUUUCCAAUCCCUUGCCUAAAACUCAAGCUGUGAAGGGAGGAAUGUGUGGUGGCUUGAGAAUUGGCCGUCCUAGUGUAGGAAGGAGCUUCGGGCGUCCUGGUCCUGCGUUUAAUCGGCCAAACUUUCAGUAUGGGAGACCUUCACGUGGUCAGUUCAAUGAACCUGUUGGACCAUAUGGGAGACGAGUUCCUUUUAGAGGUGGGCAUGGGGCAUCAGGGGCUGGUGCCGGUGGAAGACCUAAUUUUGGUGGACCUAGAGAUGUUGAUCGUGGACUGGCUAGACCUGUUCCUUCACGCAGGGAGCCAUUCUCACUUGAUGAUGGUGGUUAUUCAAGACCUUUCAUGGGUAGGCAAUACGAUGAUCCAUAUGCUUACGAUGAUAACCAUGGUGUAAAGCGGCCAUUUUAUAUGACUGACCAAGAUCCUGCAUAUAUGGAGCCAAGUCGGGUUCGUCCCCGAUUUGAUUAUUCCGGCUCAGGUCGUGGUACUCACUUCAGAGACACUUAUGGAGCUGGGAGUAGUUUCUAUUCAAGUGGCUAUUAUGGUCCUGAUUAUGGUGCACGACCCCACUCUUCUUUUAACAGUCGGGAUCGUCCUUAUGGAGGUGGACAUGGCUACUACUAUUAGAUGGAGUAUAGUACCAAGGUAUCUGGGUAUUCGAAACUGCUGCAUAAUGGACAAGAGGCUUGCUGCUCAGGAGCUUUUAUUUCCUUUCUACGUCACUCCGUUCACUCAUUGCUUUACCCAUUCCCCCUUGCUAUCUUGGUUUUCCUCUUGAUCACCGGCUUCUUGGUUUAGUCCUGUGUUUGUCGCUUCGUUUCCUUAUGAUAAGCUGGGUUCAUCUAUUAUAGUCUAGGGCUUUUUUUUCCUCACUUUCAAGGAUCAGGACUAGUGUCCUUAAAAUGCGCAUAAUGGAGAAGCUGAUAGAUGACGGCCUUGAGUGGCUGAUCACAUUUUGAGGAUAAUAAUUGGUGCCUUGUGGUUUUCAUAUCGUGCUAACUGAAAUCGUCAAUUUAUUGACUUACUGGAUGUUAUCACAACAUGGAGGAUAUUGAAGAGACAUAUAUGCAAAAGGCUUCUUUUAAUGAUCUUAUCUUAAAUGUGAAAGUAACUUAGAAGCCCAGCUUCUUUUGUGCAUUUGGGACUUGUGUGGAAUAAAUGUGAAGAAUGUAGUGGCUGGGAAGAGUGGGUACAGUUUGUCAAUGCUCAAGUAAUGGUUUAUGGAUCGUAGUAUAAUGAACUUUUGAAUUUAUCAAUAUUGGAUGUAUGUUAUUAUCUAACCUUUGGUCAUUCAGCUGUUGCCUUUCCUUUUUCUGGUUAUUGGGUGUUUUUGCCUUCUGAGAGUGUUUUUCAUGAGAAUUAAAGACCAUUUGGGUCUGCCAGCUUCUGAUCUUAUAAUGAGGUUAUCCCAAGGAGAUGUGAUUUACUUAUGUGUUGGCACUUGGCUGUAUAUUAAGUUGCACAGAUGGAGUUGAUCGUUUGCUAGUUGAGGUGGGUGGUGAUGUUAUUGUUUUGGUUUUGGGUUUGCAAUCAUACUCAAGUGAAGUGUUGUGGUUAGUGACAAUAUGGUAAGCUUUUCUCACAGCAAAGGAAAACCAGAAAGAGUAUUUGGGGGUUAUUGGGCCUGAAUUUCAGUUAACAUAGAACUUUUGGAAAUUAUUUUGCUGUGAAUUGUGAUGUUCUCCACAAAGUUCAUUACUUGUUUCGAGUAUUAAGUUAAUUCAUAGGUUUCGUCUUUGGCAUCAGGUCCCAGUCUUUUUUACUCUUCUGGUGUUGAUAUGUGCUGUAGUACUUGCUGAUUAUUUGCCUUCUUUUUUUUUAGCCUCUUUAUCUUUGAGCUUUCUGAUUUGGGGUAGUAUAAAGACACCUUUAUCCACUAGUGGAAAGCUUGAUCUUGGUGGCUCUCUUGAUGAACGUCUGAAAGAAGCCUACAUUUUGGCAUAAAUUUAAAAAAGCAUGGUGGUGUUGUGAAAGUAUCUAACCUUUUUCUCCUCGAAUUAGUAAAGAAUAAGCAUUCUUGAGGUUUCACCUUGAUGGAACUUGGGAGUUCACCUUUUGAUAGUCUAAUUUGUAUUUGAUAGUUCCAUUUUAUUUAGCACAUUAUCUGGAGUCCACUGAUGUCUGGAAAUAUGUGACAAGUUCUUAUAAUGGCCCCAAUUUUGACAAAGAGAUACCAUUUCUAUUAACUAUUAAGGUAAUAGCAUGGUUUCCCAGUACUAGUCUAAAGUGUUUAAGAAUUGAUAAAGGUUUAGCUGGACGAUAAAGUAAUUUGAGAUUAUUUUUUGGCAGGGUCCCCCUAGUAGUUUCAGUUUCCGGUUUCUUUUAUUGCCUUUGCUGUCAUGGAAUCAGCGGUCACUUUUUUAUGUUGGCAAUAGAGCCCCUCUUUUUCCUCGAAUCUUGGACAGUGAAGGUCCUUGUUUUAUGAGUUUUUGCCUACUCUAUAAAAGCCUUUCUUCUUAUUCCUCAUAUGUGAAAUGGUGUCACAAACUUUCAUGUCCAGAACAGUUGGUAAUCCUUUGAGGUGUUAUGUGGAUGGAUAGGCUUAGAGUCAUUUAUUUUUGCAACAUUGAGUUUCAUCAGUUUUAUCGAUCUUGAACAUUGUUCUUUUGGGGAUCUCAGAAGAUGAAUGGAAAAUUUGGAGAAUAGAUUGAUCUACACGUGCAGUCAGUGUAACUUGUGUGUUUGAUACAUGGACAUUUGCUGCUACUGGUGCAUUGUAAGCUCUUCAUAGUUGUAGGGUUUUUUUUUCAGCCUUUUGCUCAUUUAGUAGGGUUGUGAAGGUUAAUAUGGAGAACCUAUGAUGCAGAGCUUUUUGUGUGACAAUUGCCAUGUCGCAUUACUUUUAAGUGCUUAUUAUCUGUUGGUAUUUUAACAUCUUUUUGGUGCCAAUAUAUUCAAUAUGGUUUUGGAGUUGGUAAAAUAGAGAACGCAAGUAUUAUUUGCUGCAUUGUUUGUAGUUAUCAACUAUUGGCAUUUUUCACGCUUGUGUUUUCAUGUACAGCUUAAAUGUAAUUCUGUUAUCAUAUAAACUAUUAAAGUUUAAUCUUA